AUCCUUAGCGUCGGGCGGAUCGCUAAUUACAUUCUGGAGGCUGGGUGUGAUAUGAGCAUUUGUGUAAAUUACAGUAGCCAAGCCAGAAGGAUUUAUUAAAUGAGCAGCUUUCUAGCCUCCCUCGGUUUGGAGAGUGACAAUGACAAAUAUUGGAGAAAAAGUUGUGUGCCUGGUUGCUUACCACAUAUUUUUCAUGCUGUUCGUCUGGUCAUAUUGGAAAACAAUCUUUACGCUACCAAUGAAUCCUUCAAAAGAAUGACAGAAGCUGGCAUUUUAUUCAGGAAGAUAUUCAAGUUUCAUCUAUCAUAUUCAGACAAGGAGUCCCUAGAGAGAGAGCCUAGAGGUGAAUCCCAGCAAGAAGUCUUGAGACGAGCAGCCAAGGAUCUUCCUAUCUAUACACGGACAAUGUCUGGAGCAAUCAGAUACUGUGACAGAUGCCACCUUGUAAAACCAGAUCGUUGCCAUCACUGUUCAGUAUGCGACAAAUGCAUUUUGAAAAUGGAUCAUCACUGUCCUUGGGUGAACAACUGUGUAGGAUUCUCCAAUUACAAAUUUUUUCUUCUCUUCUUGGCUUACUCGCUACUGUAUUGCCUUUUCAUUGCUGCAACAGAUUUGCAGUACUUUAUCAAGUUUUGGACGAAUGGCCUUCCUGAUACUCAAGCCAAGUUCCACAUCAUGUUCUUAUUCUUUGCUGCAGCUAUGUUUUCUGUCAGUUUGUCUUCUCUCUUUGGGUAUCACUGUUGGCUUGUCAGCAAGAAUAAAUCUACAUUAGAGGUAUUCAGAGCUCCCAUAUUUCGUCACAGAACAGAUAAGAAUGGCUUUAGCCUGGGCUUCAGCAAAAACCUAAGGCAGGUGUUUGGUGAUGAGAAGAAAUACUGGUUGCUGCCUGUGUUUUCAAGUUUAGGGGAUGGUUGCUCCUUUCCAACUUGCCUUGUUAAUCAGGAUCCUGAGCAAGCUUCCACACCUGGUGGACUUAAUUCAACAUCCAAAAAUGAGAACCAUCUGUUUCCUGCAAAGCCGUUGCGUGAUUCCCAGAGCCACCUACUUACAGAUACACCAUCUUGGUCAGAAACUUCUGCAAAGGCUGAAAAGGGCAAAGUUGGUAUGAGCAAUCCUGCAUUAACCAUGGAAAAUGAAACCUAAUUUCCCUUAAAAGAAACUUCUGAAUAUGUAAGGAAAGUUUAAGAACAAGCUGUUGUUGGAAGGAAGAUGCAUUCUUCCAAAUAUCAGCCCUGUUGGCCAGCUGCUCCUGUCUGCUCCUCUAUGGAUGUGCUCAGAAAACAAACUGACAGAUGAUUAGCUGUCUCCAUGUCACUGCUUGAAACACGAAACUAAAACAUACUACUUCUGAACCAUAUAAAGGAUGCUUCAACUUAAAAUUACUGGCUUUGAAUGGUGAAGAAUGAUUGAGUACUAGAAAGUGGAAAAAAAGAAGUAUCUGCAUUUACAAUUGUAAAAAUUCAAUGGCUGGUUUUGCUUUGAUAUUCAGCACAAGAAAAAUGUGACCUCCUUACUAUCAGUUCAUGUUCAUGGCUUGGUUUUGAUAAUUUACCUUUUAAUUCAAAUUGUUGUAAGUAGUUGACUUUAAAAUCAAAAUUUUGCACUACUGGCUUUAUGAACUGGGAGAACAGCCAGUGUUGAUUAGGAAUAGUUUAGUGGCUUGGUGGACUGUAUUUUCUUUUGAGCCCUUGAUAAGCAGUUUUUGAAGAUAAGGAGACCUAAGUGAAGUGUCUGACUAUUUUUGGAACAUUUUUUGGAAACUAUUAUUGUAAAAGCUCUGUGUUUCCUCAGGUCUGCCCUACCAAUAGUUUGAAAAGCUGUUGAGAAGGGAAAAAAAAUCUUUUGGCUAACUGAAUGCUACAGUGAGCCACUGCUCAGUGAGGCGAUAAAAAGCCUGUGUUCACAUGGGGAAUACAUAAAUGAAACUGGGCAGCUGGGGAUUUUGAUGGAAGCUUCACUGAACAGUCCUAUGAAAUGGGAUUUUAUUGUCCCAUUUUGAGCUCUUACCCCUUUGGGAAGCAAAUGUUGGCCCUGAACUUUGAUCCAAAAGGUUGUUUACCAACCUGUGUUAGUUACUGAAGGCCACUGUCUUUCAAGCUACUAAUUUCUUAUUAAUCAAUAUUUGUCUCAGAUUUCUUUUUUCACUUUUUCUUCAAGACACUGCCUUUCUUACUGCAUAACUUAAUGAAUGCCAUGUACAGUCAAGGAGACUUACUGCUAUAACUUGUGGUAUUUGCAUUUACAGGACAAUGGACUUUUGAUUGCAAUACCAAAAAGCCAAGCUGCUGCACAUAGGAAAUCCCAUUCAAUUAAGUUAGGAUUUAGCUAGCAGCUUUCUUAGGAUCAGAGUUUACUGACCAGAAUAAAAGAGGUAUUUUUGGCUUUCAAAGUCAAGAAAGUUUCAGCAACACAAAUCUAAUUGUCUUGUGCCUUUUGUAUACACUACAUUUACGGUAUCAGUGUUUACAUUUAAAUGCAAAUUUUUAUUCUGAAAACAACUUUAGGAGGAACUUAAUUAUGCAUUCUAGGAGGCUAGAUAAAAAGACAAGUCAAAAAGGAAAGGUGAAAACCUCUCAGACUAUGCUGAGUUCGGUUGAAACAGGGAAGUGCUGCUAUUAUCAAACCUGAGUUACUUAGUAGGUUGGUUCACAGUGUAAAGAUGCCAUUCAUUUCUUUAGGAAACUGGCAGCAAGACGAAGUGAUAUAAUUUUGAAAGCAAAAGAUACUAUCAACUCUUCUACCAGCAGGUAACUUCAAAAUUUGUUUCUUGGGUUUGCAACUUAAGUGAUAGCUGGUGUAGCAAAAUGUGGUGUUUUUUUUUUUUUCUCUAGUGAGGGAAAAGAUAUUUAAUUUUUUUUUAAUUAAAAAAUUUACCAGCCUGAAAACAUCUGCUUAUUGCCAGAAGUGCCAGAGUGUGGAUCCCUUGAUGUAGAACACCUUUUUUAAACUAGCAUGAAGGUAGCAUACAGUUUACAUGAUGCCUGCAGAGAUCUAGUUACCAAAAGAUUUUUUGCAGCUCUUUAUUCAGUGUUGUUCUGUCAGCUUACCUCAUAUUCAUGUUUGUUUAGAGGCAAACUUGUCAAGGGAUAAGGGGGAAAGGGAAAAUAUAUAUUUUUAACACUUCAGGUUCUCUAUCUGUAAAGUUUUGUUUUUUAUGCAGUUAGUCACAGGGUGGUUUGUCAUGGAGCAUGCAUUUAAAAAUACUGAAUAGAAAGUUGAAAUUCAGCUUUGGUGUAUAUUGCGCCGUAUUUUUGUGUAAAGACAAAAGAUUUCUUCCCCAGCAAAACGCAUCAUGGAAAUGGAUCUCUCUAAUACAGAUGUCAGUCUCUCUGUGUCCAGGGCUCUGAGAUCUCUCAGUAAGGCUGGGGAUCAGUGUAAAGAAAAGACAGGGAUAAGGGAUCAAGAAAUGCCUGGCUUCUCCAUGUCUCAGAAGUCACACUUGGAAAGCACAACAGCCCGAAAUAAUCUGCAGUUCUGUUGCAGCCAGAGGCUGUCCCCCUCCCAGAAAACUGCUGGAGGCAUGGGAAACAGACACUGAUGAAGGGAGGAGAAAGGCAAAGAAAGGAUGGCAGCUCAGUGGGAAACAUUGAGCAGAUCUGAGCCAGAGGGCUGUAGCUACAUCUCCUCUCUGGAAGAGCACUGGCGCAGGCUUUGAGGGCUCCUGGCAGUUCUCACUGUAUAGAGUAUGGACAAAAUCGAGCUAAUCAUGCUCCAAAGUAUAAUAUCUGAUGAUGUGACUGUACUCUUGGCUUUAAACUCUCUAAUGCUUUCUAUAACAAAGUGAAAAUUCUCUUUUUGACGUACUGGGCAUUGUCAAUGUUACAGUGCAGGCAGGAUAAUUUGUGAAGAAGUCAGGGUAGCAAGGAUGCAAUGUUGUUUUCUGCCUACACUGAUUCUCCUGUCCUUUAUAUUCUUGCUAGGCACUUUACUACAGCCUUUUAUGUAAUUUCUGUAUUUUUUUUAAGGAGUGCUUUUUACCUACUGUACAGUUACUAAUCUACUUUUUUGCUAAAAAGAAAAUAAUAUCCCUGAUAUUUGUCUAGAGGUAUAACUGCAUUUCAAGCUUUAGUGGAAACUGGAUGAGUUCUGCAGAGCCUCAGAUGAACCUGAGUCCCAAAUGACAACAGAGUUAAAUUUAUUUUGUAUAUAUGUAAACAGUCAUAUGAACCAUAGCUCCCUAAAUGUGUUUAAAAAAUUCUUUUAUUUGUAGCUUAGAACAAAUCCAAAACGCCUGCACCAGAAGUAGUCCACACAUACUCUAUAUCAGUAGAUGUAUUGGUGAUGGAGUACUCAAAGUCUUCACAGAGAACUAUUUUUGUUAAGAAAACGGAACACAAUCUUUGUGAGCAGUUAAGAUACAGCUGCUGUUAUGCACUUUAAUUCUUUAACUGGAGAGGAAAAAACACUGUCCAGUUUAGAUUACAGACUGAAAGUUCUUCAGUAGACUGUGGCUGGGCAGGUAAUGAAUGAAACAAAAAAUCACAGCGUGGCAAGGGUUGGAAGGGACCACCACUGGGGUUAUCUGGUCCCUGCUCAAGCAGGAUCAUCCUUAGAGCACAUUGCACAGUAUGAAAUACAGAUGGUUCUCAAGUAUCUCUUGUGAGGGACACUCCAGAAAGGAAACAAGUUUGUUUCAGUGUGGGGAAUGCUGUAGCUGGUUUUCAUCAUUAUUUGGACUGAGAGUUCUUCCUCUGGUUUGGUUGACUGGUAUGUGGAGGGGUGGGGGGAAAUAUAUUCCUACGUAAAUUUAGUGUAUAACUUUACUUGUUAACGCAUUGCUCACAUAA